AUGGAAAAGUUAUUGGAAUGCUCAAAUGAGUUUGACGUUGAGCUUUUUGACUAUGUAGUGACGACAUUCUACAAUCCAAUGGACAAGGAACACAAAAGAGCAGAGCGCGUUCUUCUGCAGUACAGAGAGCACCCCGACAGCUGGGCGCACACGUCCGCGGUGGUGAAGGAAAGCAAAGACGCCAGAGCAAAAGUGUUUGCAGUGCAGGUGCUUGAGAGAGCAGUCAAGAUUCGGUGGACAAUGCUUACAGAGGACCAGAAGAAAGGAGCGCGGGAGUACGUGGUUGACAAGAUUCUGGAGCUAUCUAUGCAGGGGCAGCCAGAGAGCAAAGUUUUAGUGAAGCAGUUUAACCAGGUGCUAAUAGAAAUAAUAAAGAGGGAGUGGCCUGAGAAGUGGCCCACCUUGAUAGGAGAUCUUCUGGAUGCAAGCAAGGGAGACUGUGGAGUGUGCAGCAACAGCUUUAACCUGCUGGGGCUUCUGUGCGACACGAUAUUCAACUUCCACGAGUCUCUUGUCAGCGAAAGAGUAAGCGUUCUGCAGCUGCACAUGAAAAACGAGCUAGGAAGCAUAUAUGAGAUGGCAAUGAACAUUCUAGACAAAGUGAGCACAGGGGAGAUAUUUGUGCCAAACGAUCUGACCACCUCAGCCCUCAGCCUGCUUCUCCUCAUGGUGCCGCAGCUGCCUGCUGAGUGCUUGUUCCAGUCAAAUCUUCUUGAUAUUAUUGGAAAAUAUAUUGAGUCUGAGUUUGCCAUUCUGGCGGUGCAGCUCAUGCGAAGUGUUAUUGCGCGGAAAGAAGAGUGCGCAUCGAAUGAGAUUUUCAUGGGGGCCCUCAGAAAGUGCUUUGUCAGUGUGGGGGCUUUCUUUGAGAAAUACUUCCGGAUGUUCAACGAUGCCCACAAUGGAGGAAUAAAAGCGCACUAUGCUGAGUUCCUUCCAAAGGACGUGAAUCUCAUCCGAGAGAUGGUUCUCUUCUACGGUGUUGCAUACAAGUACUGCAGAGAGCUGGAGAAAACGCCGUGCAAUACAAGUGUCCCUCUUGAGCUUAUGCUGGAGAUAUCGCAGGUGUCAGACUUUGAGCUGUUUAGACUGUGCCUGGAGCUGUGGUCUCUAUUCGUGAAGGAUCUUUUCCUAGAGUUUCCCUUUGUGCCUGCUCCAAGCAAGGCCCCGGCAGGUCUUCGGAGAAUCCACUAUGCAGAGAUACUUAGCAGUCUGGUGCCGGUGCUUGUUUCCCAGAUGCAACGGCCAGAAGAGGUAAUUAUUGCAGAGAAUGAAGACGGGGAGAUUGUUCUGGAGAAGCUUGCAGACACAGAAUACAUUAUGCACCACAAAGAAAUGAAUGAGAUAAUCUACCACAUAUCCGCUAUGACUGCAGGCGGCCUUGGCCCAUACUUCUGCAGCGAGGUAAACAAGCUGCGGACAGGAAAGUGGACGCGAGACAGACUAAACAAAGUGUGCUGGGCAGCAGGAAGCAUAGCAGGAACAUCAAGCCCAAUGGGAGAAAAGGAGUUCCUAACUCAGAUUAUCCAGGGCCUUCUGGCCAUGUGCGAGAAGGAGGAAGAGGAGGGCAACCGAGCAGUUGUAGCCUCGUGUCUUAUGUACAUUCUAGUUCGAAAUCCGCUCUAUCUCAAAACAUAUCCGCUUCUGCUUGAGGCCAUAUGCAACAAGAUGCUGCAGUUUAUUAUUGACGUGGAUCUGGUUGGUGUCUCUGAGAUGGCGUGCGAUACUCUGCUCAAGAUCAUGUCUUCUUGCUCUGCUGUACUGAAGGUUCCUUUGGCAGCAGGAAAGAACUGCUAUGUCUUGGACAUAUUCCCUCUUAUCCCAAAGGUUCUGAAAGUGCUAAAGCCAUACUUGGCAGAAGUGCUGUUUGAGGCGCUGUCGUAUCUAUCAGAGGACUACAUUGAUAAGCUGCUGCAGCAGCCAUUUAUGGACCUUUUCACGCCUUCAGUUGACAAUGUAGACGACCUCCAGCGAAUAGUGCAUGCGGUUCGUCUUAUUAAGGUUGUGUGCACUGUUGAGAUAUCAGAGGAGUUCUAUAACAGCCGUGAGCCUGUGAUUGGAAGGGCACUUGGACAGAUCCACACCGUAUACACAAUGCUUCCUGAUGAGGCUGUGCAGCCCCAUAUGCUGAACCGGUCUUUGGUGAUCCUUAAAAAAGAGAUUCUUUCAUUGUACAGCACAAUAGCAAAACACUUCUCCAUUAACUUUGUACUUGAAGAGCUGCUAAGGGUGUGCUCGCUUGUGUAUGCAAAGCCACUGUCUAUUAGUGCUGCUGCAUCUGUUGAAAAGCUAGGUCUUCUUGCAGAGCUAUGCCGGCGCACAGUUGAGGGCACGGCCUCUUUGGUGGAUGCAGUUGCAGGGCCUGUUGCACAGCAGGUGUUUGCUGCGCCAGAGGAGAAGGAGGAGGAGAUGAAGGCCUUCUACAAAAUGCUGUGCGCGUCUAUCCGGUUCAAUCCACAAAUAAAUAAUCUGCAGAUGAUUGAGUGGCUGGCCAUGGGGGUGGGGCAUUCAAACAGAGAGAUAUACGAGGAGUGCAUUGAGGUGCUUGCAAAAGUAAUAGAAAAGACGUCUAUUGAGAUAGUGCAGCAAGGAUACUUGGGCCUUCUAGAAUGCAUUCUGGGAACAGCGCUGGACAAAGACCAUGAGGGAGGAAUAAGCGCGCUUUUAGUUUCUCUUUCGCUUCUGAUUAAGUACAGCAUUGAUGGAAAGUGCCCGUCGCAGAUGCAGGUUCUGGAGGUGUUUGGAGGAAAGCUACAUAGCAUAUUCCCGCACAUCAAUCCAAAAGACAUUGAGGAGUUUAUUGGUCGAUGCUACCGCAAUGCAGACUCGCACAACGGCCUUCUUACAACAAUAAGCGACUUCCGCGUCAAAAUUAAGACAAUUUAA